AUGAAGUCACAACUCUUUCUUUUGUAUGUAUUAUGUAGUUUCAAUUUGAUCAAAUAUAUUCAUUGUACAUGCUAUGGUACAUUUGAAUUAUGUACUACUACGCAAGAUUGCGUGUUAGAUAAAUCACUAUGUGGUAAAUGUUCUGCUAAUCAAUAUUUAUGUCCUGAUGGCAAGACAUGCAUAAUGAAUGUAAAUGAUUAUCAAGAAAAAUGUCCAGGUUUAAGUAACACACAUUUAGACUGGACACUCUCUACAGAAGCCCGUGUAGAAUACUUAAUAUCUCAACUAACUGUUAAUGAAAAAAUUGCACAAUUAACUAAUAAUGCACCUGCUAUUGUUCGCAUGGGAAUACCGAGUUAUAACUGGUUAAAUGAUGACGUACAUUCAGUAAUGCAGCAACAUUCAACAGUAUUUCCUGAUGGUUGUGGACUAGGUGCAACAUGGUCUCGAACAGCAUUAUUAAUCGUUGGACAAACCGUUGGUAUUGAAGCAAGAGGUACAUAUAACUAUAAUCAACAUCAAGGCAAACGAGGCCAAGAUGGAACAAAUGGCUUAGGAAUUUCUAUCUACGGUCCAAAUAUGAAUUUAGUUCGUGAUCCUCGAUGGGGACGAAAUCAAGAAGUGUACAGCGAAGAUCCUUAUUUAUCUUCACAACUAACAGUUCACUUUGUUGGUGGAGCUCAAGGAAAAAAUUUUACUGAUUCAAAAUAUAAACUAGUUGCUGCAUGUUGUAAGCACUAUGCAGCCUAUGAUGUUGAAACAAAUAGAUUUGAAUUUGAUGCUCAAGUUAAUGUUCGAAAUAUGUGGGAAACUUAUUUACCUGUAUUUGAUGCUUGUGUUAAUUAUGGUCAGGUUAUGUCAAUCAUGUGUAGUUAUAAUGCUAUUAAUAAUAUACCCACUUGUGGUAAUCCAGAUUUAUUAAAUGGUAUACUUCGUGAACGCUGGAAUUU